GCUUCUUCUCAGGAGUUUCAGGGAUUUCUCAACUGCAGCUGACGGUGAAAUUAGUAGUGAGUGUGUGAGAGAAAGCCAAAAUCCUCCAGCAUUCAGCGUUCCUGACCGCCUUCGCCGCUUCGGAAAGAGGAGUUUUCAGCUUUCCAGUAGUCGUCCGUGGUUGAAUCGCAUUUGCACCAUGGCUGCUGUGAAAGCGCUUCAACAGUGGUGCAAAAUCCAGUGUGAAGGAUACCGGGACGUGUCGAUAACUAACAUGACCACAUCUUUCCGGGACGGUUUGGCUUUCUGCGCUCUAAUUCACAAACAUAGACCGGAGUUGAUAGACUUCGACUCUUUGAGCAAGGAAAAUAUUUAUGAAAACAAUCAACGGGCUUUCGAGGUGGCAGAGAAGGAGUUGGGAAUACCUGCCCUCCUGGAUGCUGAAGACAUGGUGGCUUUAAAAGUGCCAGAUCGCCUUAGUAUUCUGACUUAUGUGUCCCAAUACUACAAUUAUUUCCACGGGCGCUCUCCCAUUGGAGGAAUGGGAGGGAUUAAAAGACCAGCUGAAGAGUCUAAUGAAGCACCAUCUGGGAAGAAGAACCCACCUGUCAUUGCUAAAGUUCUUCCCUCACCUAAGCCAGCCACGGAAAAUAAAACGCCUCAACCGGCGAAUGAAAAUAAGAGAGAGGUUUUGACAGAGCGUGCCAAUAAAUCAUCAAUUCUGAGCAGCAACUGUAGUGUGUGCAACCAACACGUUCACCUCGUCCAGCGCCACCUAGUAGAUGGAAAACUGUAUCACAGGAACUGCUUUAAAUGCAAAGAGUGUUCCACUAUUCUCCUCUCUGGCACCUACAAGGCUGGAAAAGAACCAGGCACUUUCAUUUGCAAGACACACACAAGUAUAGAGAAGCCUCUGACUACACGCAUCACAGCACCAUCCAAAACACAAUCCACCUUCAUAAACAAGCCUGACCAGAGUGCAUUAGGUGGAAGUACUGGUAAAGCUAGUUUAAAUACGAACACGUCUAAAUCGGGUUGGCUGGCUAACAAAAGUGACCGCAUUCCCACGCGUGGGUUCACCGACACACCUACUCCAGCGGUUCAGAUCACGCCGGCAGCAAAAACAACACCCACACCAGACACUACAGCAGCGAAAUCCCCCUCAGGCCCCAGAUCUGCCACUGAGUCUCUUAAACCUGUGAGCAACGCUGUGCAAAAGAACCAAGAGGCCAGAAUGAGAUUCUUUGAGUCCAGCAACAGCCCCAGCAGUGUUGUGCCUGCCAGUAAGAGCACCUCAUCAUACACCUCAACUACAUCAGUGAGUACUGCAGGUGUUAAAACUACAACACCAGAAACUACGACACCCAGAGUCCCUAGUGCCGGAGCAGGUAAAGGCAGAGUCCUGCUCCGAGUGGGAGACUGGGCAAAAUCACAGGACACAGAGAAAGAGAAUGAAAAGGAGAAAGCUAAGACUGUGAUUGGGAAGAUGGUGAAAGUGGAUAAAGAUAACAACAGCUCAUCUGCAAGUCCAGCAGGGCUGAAAGCAAACAGCAGUAAUGUUCCCCCUCUGGAAUCUAAUGCUAAAGCCCCCUUUGGUCGGGUACGUCUCAAAGCGCUAGAUACCAGUGUGGAAACGACUGCUCCUGCCACUACAGUCCCAUCCUGGGUGAAAGAGAAGAGCUUAUCCAGGCCUGUGAGCACACAGUCAUCUAACAGCAAGGAAAACCAUACGACUCCGUCUGACUGGAGAUCAAUGCUCAAACCUGUUUCAAAACCUGUCAGUAAUAUAGAAGUCAAAGGCUCACCUGCUAGGAUGACAGAAGCAGCUUCUUCUCCAAAGUCAUCUGUUCCUGCUUCAUCUACAACAACCAUCUCUCUUAGCAUCAGCUCCUCCAAAACACCCUCAUCUACCCCACUGAAAAAUGGGCCGAAACCUAAUGACUCCAGCAGCGUAUCUCCUGUUAGUCCCUCGAGGACAGAAACGCACAAAUCACACAAGCCGGGUUACAUUCCUAAAGAAGACAUUCAGAAAGAGCUAAAGGAAAUUGAGAUGAAUAUGAACGAGUUGGAGAAAAAAGGAGUAAAGCUGGAAAAACAACUCCGACAAUGUGAUGAGGAUGGGGAAGAUGACACAUUAAUGAAUGACUUAAUGGUGGACUGGUUUACCCUCAUCAGAAACAAGCAGGUCUACAUGAGACGGGAGUCUGAGCUUGUGUAUAUUGCCAGGACACAGGAUCUUGAGGAGGAGCAGCCCAGUGUUGAUGCUGAACUCAGGAGACUGAUGGAGAAACCAGAUCAUCUGAAGACUUUUUGGGACCGUAAACGAGAGGAAGAGCUGAUGGCUAAGCUGGUGGAGAUUGUUAAUGACCGUAAUGCUAUAGUGGAGGGUCUGGAUGAAGACAGACUGAGGGAGGAAGAGGAAGAUGAGCAGCUGAAUAAGAUGAUGCAGAGUUUUGAUAUGAAGAAGGAAAAGGUCAAGAAGAUGUCUCCAGUAACGCGGUUGUUCAGCAUGAGAAAACGAAGGUCUUCAGAAGAUUGAUCUUCAUGGAGGUUUCGUAUUUGUGUGUGUUCCAGAACAGUGUUUCUGCCACAGUUUGAGGUCAGAUCUCAAAAUCUAAAUUGCAGUCACACAGUCUUCAAAACAUGGUGUUUUUGUGAAGUGCCAUCAUUAUGCAUUUUCACACUCUUCGUCUCACAUACGUUUGCACUUGUUUUGUUUUUUACAUCUGUCUGCUGUCUUUAUGGGUGUGAUUUUUGUCAUUUGUUAGCAAACGCUUUUGCACUUGAAUCUUCUGAAUGAUGUCUCUCGGUCAGUGUUUUAUUAAGGAGUUGGACAGUGUCGAGAGAAAGGUCUUAGUGAUUCACAUUGGAUCAAUGCUGAAAAUGGACAGGUUGAGGUCUGAUGUAAACUAUCUUCAAAUAUGACUUAUUAUAAGACUUGACUUGACUUAUUAUAAAUGUUUUUGUAAAUGGAAAACAAUCGUAUUUUUUAGCGCUUUUAAAAUGCAUCGUUUUAAUGGUGUUUUUAAUGCUGCACUUCUCCUGUUGGAGCAGCAGGGGGCAGACUGCGACCAAGUUCUUUGUUUGCCAUCGUAAUUUCUCAACAGACUUGAGUAAUGAGAAUCUUUUUGAAGAAAUGUAGGAUUUAAGAGUCUGUGAUGUUGCUCUGUAUACUUUUAACCACAGUCCAGGUAGCUUUUAAAUCAUGUGAAUUAUUUUUCAUGAGACUUGCUUUUCCAAAAAUGAGUUGUCUGCUUGUGGUCUUCACUUUUUGUUUUAAAUGUUCCUUCUCUCUCUUUUUAUAUAUUUGGUGUGUAUGUAACAAGCUGUUCAUAAUUUAAAGCUCUCUAUAUUUUUACCCAGUACCCAACACUUAAUUGCAAACAUUUAUGCUGUGUACUGCCAUUCACUAUACUGUGAAUACAUAUUUAAAUACAAUCUGAAUGGCUCUUUCUUUUUAUUCCAUCUGCAGUUAUUAAAUGUCCAUGAUAGUUUCA